AUGGGCAUCAAUGAUCAACAAGAUCAUCUGACCUUCGAAAGCGCCAAAAAACUACGUGAAUACGUCCAUCGCAAUGAGGCUGUAUCUUACCGUGUUGGCUUGCCGAACUACCUCCUCGUGGUGCCAGCUGCGUGGUCCGGGUGUACCCCGUUCCAGCGAAGUGUUCGGCGACAGUGUUCCACCACCGUGGGGUAUUGUAGUCCAGCAGUUGUGUUGAUUCCAUGGAGAGUAUUGGGCCCCUGUUUGGGGAUCUACCAAAUGAAAGGC